CGAAUAUCAGUUAACGUGUUAAGGUCGGCGGGUCGUACUUCAUUACAUUUAUUUAUCUAUACAUGUCUGUUGCCGUGUUUUUCAAUACCUCGGACUCUCAUAGAUUAUGAGCUUUCAGUUCUCUGUGUACUCCUUGCAGUUCGGUUACUGUCAUCGUCAUCCCCUGCUGCUUAGUCACAUUUACUUAUACAUACAUAAGUCGCCGAAGUAAAGUGUUUUAUAAAAAAUAAAUAGACAAACACAUAAUGAAUACGCAGUUAAAAUAUAUUUAAUAAUAAACCAUUAAACAUUAAACUAUUGUUUCCAUAUUUGUGCCUAAAAUAUAAAUCUCAUGAGCUAAUGCGUAUUAGUAUAGUUGAAAAUCCUCAAUUUUUUAAAGGAUUACAUAUUUAUAUGAAAACAUUUAAAAGAUAUGGCGAGCAUAAUAUUAAUAGCUUGCCUAGCUAUAUUGGGUCUAAUCAUUGCGAUAGCGCUAUUUUUAGCCGGUGGAUAUCUGUGGUGGCGGCACAAAAGGUCACAAUUGCAAUUUAUUGAACCAAAUGAAGAUGAGGAAUCAAGUAGUUAUAGUUUGAGAGCUGCGCAGGACAAUGUGGACUCUGGAAAUCCGCCAAGCAAACCUCAAGUGCCAGUUGCCCCUGCCAUUACGAAUCCUAUACAAAAUAACAUAAAUCGAAAAUUGAAUGGCUUUUUAAAUCUCAGAACGCCUCUCAUUGGGAGCGGCACGUUGCCCACACCAACCAAAAAAUCAAAUACUUCCACAGGAUCAGGUGCAAAUGAUGGUACAUCUAAGGAUACAGCGAACAAAAGCAUUUCAAUGACCGAUAUGUACCUCGACACAGAUUCAAGUGAAAACGUUGGACAAAUACAUUUCUCAUUGGAAUAUGAUUUUCAAAAUACAACCCUAAUUCUAAAGGUUCUACAAGGCAAAGAACUACCGGCAAAAGAUUUAAGCGGAACCUCCGAUCCGUACGUUCGAGUCACAUUAUUGCCAGAUAAAAAGCAUCGUCUCGAAACCAAAAUCAAACGAAGAACCUUGAAUCCGCGAUGGAAUGAAACAUUUUAUUUUGAGGGCUUUCCAAUUCAAAAGCUUCAAUCGCGCGUACUUCACUUGCAUGUCUUUGAUUAUGAUCGUUUUUCAAGAGACGAUUCAAUUGGUGAAGUAUUUUUGCCGCUGUGUCAGGUUGACUUUGCUGGCAAGCAAUCAUUUUGGAAGGCUUUGAAGCCGCCGGCAAAGGAUAAAUGUGGUGAACUUCUAUCUUCGCUGUGCUAUCAUCCUUCAAAUUCCAUUUUGACAUUGACAUUGAUCAAGGCGAGGAAUUUAAAAGCCAAGGAUAUCAACGGAAAGUCAGAUCCGUAUGUAAAGGUUUGGCUUCAAUUUGGAGAUAAACGCGUCGAAAAGAGAAAAACACCUAUAUUUACCUGUACGUUAAAUCCGGUUUUCAACGAAUCAUUCAGCUUUAACGUACCAUGGGAAAAAAUUCGUGAAUGUUCAUUGGAUGUCAUGGUUAUGGAUUUCGAUAAUAUUGGACGAAACGAGCUGAUCGGCAGAAUAUUAUUAGCUGGUAAAAACGGCUCGGGCGCCUCGGAGACGAAGCAUUGGCAGGACAUGAUUUCGAAGCCCAAACAAACUGUGGUCCAGUGGCAUCGCUUGAAACCAGAAUAAUGCAAAAUAUUGCAGUUAAAGAAAAUUAAUAUCGUACAUAUACAUGUAUGCAUAUACGCAUAUAUAUUCAAGUUUGAUUAUAAAAUAACUUUAAACACGAUUUAGCAGUAUUUAAACAGGCUGCAUACGGGCAAAAGCAUAGCACAGUUUGCGUAUAUACUUUAAAAAGCAUUCAACCAAGAUUAAUUAACAACAACAACAAAUUACAAAAUGAGCACAGCAAUUGAUUAUCAUAUUGCUCUUAUUUGUGCUUCAACAUAUUAUGCAAUUGAGGUCUAUAUUAUUCAUUAUGCCUGGUUAAUUGGAGAGCUAGAAGAUGAACGGGCAACUUAAUCAAUCGAAAAAAAAAAGUUUAUAAAAAAAAAAUAACUUAAAGAACAUGAGUGCAAUACAAGGAUAUUGUAUUGUAUAUUGUGUAUAAAAUGUUGCUGUUUACAAGUAUUUCCCCGGAAAAAGCUUUAUACAUUUUUUGCAGGUAGGUAUUAGCUAUCGCCUUUAUAUCUAGAUCAGAUUCUUAGAAAUAAAAAAUAUGUUAUUGGAUUGUUUAAAACUGUCCUUCCUUACUUAUUUCAAUCGAAAUUAAGCAAAAAAAAGUCUAAUUAACCAAUAGGGCGAAGGUUUAUUUGAUUUUUAACAUAUACAAGCACACACGCAUAAUUCAUUAGCAUAAAUUUAUUGGCAAACCAAACUAAACCAACUUGUAUGGGAAAAAGAUAAAUAGUUCUCUAAUGCGAUAAAAGUUAAAAGUCACAUACUUAAAGAUAUGUACAUAAUGAAAGUUAAUUGUUAUUAUUAGAUUCUAAUAUUAACUCGUAAAACGACAUUGUUACAAGUUACUUAAAAUGCGAAUUGUUGUUUCUUUUACAAUAAAAGAAAGUAAAAGCGAAAAGUUAAUCUUAAAUAUACAUAGUUUAAACUAAAACUAUCUAGAAUAAUAGGCUGUAGGUAAUAACAUAUUUUUAUUAGAAAAGGCGAUAAGAAAAUAACAUUGAUUAAUUCAAAUAGUAACUGUAAAGAAAUUAGCCAACCAUUGCCGGAACAAGCGUCUACUGAGAUGAAGUGCAAACAUAAAAAUAGUGAGAUUGAGAUUAAGAGUUAAACAAAAUGAAAUGACAUGAAUUGAAAUGAAAUAAAAUGAAUUAUAAUUGAUGAAGAGAAACUGAGUUUAAAAAACGAAAAAUCGAAAAUUCAACCCACCUUGAAAUUACAUAUUUGUUAUAUACCUGUUAAAAUAUUAUUAA